UGGGCACGCGCACUUAACAAAUUCACAUCAGUCGGCGUAGAAAGAAUAGCAUUUUAUAUAACAUUCAUUCAUAAUAUUAGCUUGCUCGGUCGGUCCAUGACUAUGAAAGUUUAGUUCGUGGGAAAUGAUACGUCAUGCAUAAGCGGUGACUUCACUGGAAGCUACGUAUUUUUGCCAUUGUUUACCGAAGAAAUCCCUGGUUCCUCGUGUGAGAUGGACACAUCGCUUGAUACAUUAAGAGCAAACAAACACAUACAUUUCAAGGGAAAUCAUGAGGAAAAAGCAGAAUGUGAAAAACAGGAAAGCAGAGGAGACAACAGUUGUCCAAGAGUUUUCAGUGGAAAAAAUCAUCCGCAGAAGAGUCAACGAUGGAAAAGUUGAAUACUAUCUAAAGUGGAAAGGCUUCACGGAUGCAGAGAAUACCUGGGAGCCAGAGGACAACCUGGAUUGUCCCGAGCUGAUAGAGGAGUUUCUCAGAAACCUAACUGUCUCAGGAGAGACUGAACAAGAGGGGAGUCAGUCUCUAGACCUGGAGGUCCAGCCCAAGCAAGAGUUAUCUGAGCUGGACGCCGAUAUGGCUCACCAGCAGCCUCAGGAGGAGCUCACUGAGAGGGGUAUUGAAGAGGUUGAUGAUCACAACGCUGAGAUCCCAGCAGGCCAAUCCCGCAACCCAGAACCAGACUGCAUCAUCGGAUGCACUGACCAACAGGGAGAGCUCAUGUUCCUCGUCAAGUGGAAAAACACAGAUGACGUGGCUUUACUGUCAGCCGGAGAGACCAGUAAAAGGUGGCCCGAGAUGGUGAUCCGCUUUUACGAGGACAAGCUGACCUGGCAUGGAGAAGACGAGCAGUGAGACAGAAAUAUGUAGCAGUGGAUACUACUGUACCUCCUGGCAGCUUUAAACAUACACAAACACUGUGGCAUAAGUUUACUGUUUGAUGUACCGUGUGUGUGAAUCCACACUCCAAUGUGAAGCUCUUCCCAACACACUAAUCUGUAGAAAUGUGACUGGAGUACUAGAGCUCUACUGUAGUUUACGGUUUUACAAAUCCGCUAAGUGGUUUAUUAAUCAGAUGUUGUUGUACCUCUUGGUCUGUUGUUUGAAAGUUCAUAUGUGAUGUUUAUUGUUCUGUCCUCUUUGUUACUAUGAUCUGAACUGUGAUUACACAUAGGAGAUGACGACAAAUGGUACAAAACCUGCUGGAGAGGAACUGUUUGAUGUGUAGAUGUACUUUCCGUACUAUUAACUCCUGGUUACGCACUUAUACAAGUAAUACUGUGAUGGAUCCUGUGAUCUGCGAGGGCUUAGUGUGGCUCAUGCAGGUAUAAAUCCAUAGAUUUGCACAAAACUAAUUCUAGAAUAUAGCCUAUACAAUCACAUUUUUGUGAACAUCAACACUCUGGUUGUAGGUCAGUUUCAUAGCAGUAGUAUAAACAGGCCAUUUUAGGUUUUGAGGUUUUGUGUUAAAGACGUUUGUCCUGCAGUUUCGAUCUUCUGGUUUCCUGUUUCUGUAAAAGAUCACUGUUAACCUUUAAUCUUGAGUGAGCAAUCUCUAGGUGCUUUAAAUAAACAUAAAAUUACCUCAGAA